AUGACAGACCUUUGGACUUUCGAGAGGGCAAAUAGCAUUGAUAUCCCCAAUAUUGCAUCGUGGCAUGCAACUAACAGCCAGAGUGAUCCGUAUGCGAUUCAAGUCUCUUGGCCGUUGGGAUGGCCAGGUAUCGACGGAACUGAAGGGGUUUCCGAACCAGCUAACAUCCUAUAUGCGGUUGACGGCAAUGCGAUGUUUUUGACAGCAACCGAGGCUAUACGCCGACGUCAAUCUACCACUCUGGGCCAGCUCGCUACCAUCGUCGUGGCUAUCUCGUAUCUCGUCACAGACUCAGUGUACAGUGCACGUCGAAACUUUGACCUCACACCGCCGACUUCCCAUUUCGUACCCUUCCCGGGAACGGAGAAUCAAACUCAAGCACCAUAUGGCGGAGCAGAUAUCCUACUCGAUUUCAUUCUCAACGAUGUCCACCCGUAUAUCGUCUCAAAUGUCUUUCCUAAUGUCACAGUAGAGAACAAGAUCUUGUUUGGGCAUUCAUAUGGAGGGCUUUUUACGUUGAACGCAAUGUUCAAAAAGCCUGAAAGCUUCGAUACAUUUCUUGCAGCAAGCCCCUCUAUCUGGUGGAGCAACCGCACUAUUCUAAAAGAGGAGAGCGCGUUUUAUCAGAAGUCCAUUGUGCAUAAGCCAAACAUCUUUCUAUCAUACGGGGUGCUAGAAGAUAACCCUGUUCGCACGCGCAAUGAAACUGAGGCAGACUAUCAGGAAGUGGUCCGCCAGGAUAAGAUUUUCCGAAUGGGACCUAAUGUUGAAGAACUGGCAUCUCGGCUGCGACGAAGCCAUCAUAUUCAAAACAUCAAAAAGCGGAGUCUAGAGGAUGAAGAUCACGAGAGUGCCGUUGGUGCAGCUUUAAGUGGGGCGAUCUACUGGUUCCUCGGACUAUGA